AUGGCUCCUGCUCGUGACCUCACCUUUCCAAAAGACGAAAAAGUGCUGUGUUUUCAUCAUGAGCUACUUUACGAAGCAAAGGUUCUAGAUUCGAAAUUGUCAAAUCCGUCAGACAAAAAGAGUUCUCUGCUCUAUCGAGUUCAUUACAAGGGAUGGAAGAACACUUGGGACGACUGGGUCCCGGCGGAUCGUUUGAAGAAAUACAACGACGAGAAUUUGCAGCUUGCUCGUGGCAUGAAAAGCAUGCUGGACGAUACUCGUCGCUCGGCCCAACCAAAGUCCAUAAAGAAACGGACCGCUGAGACGGACUUGAGCUCUAAUCGUGCCAGCGAGGAUCGCCAAAUACCUAGUAUUGCUACUGGACGGGCUCAAAAGCGAGCUAGGGAGUACGAGAUUGAGAAGGAAGAAACGUUCCUCACCCGUCCAGCUGUCCGUCUCCCUCUGCCCGACCAUUUGAAAUCAAUCCUCGUCGAUGACUGGGAAUUCGUCACCAAGAACUUGUCGCUAGUCUCACUGCCCUCGCAAACUCCCGUCAACAGCAUCCUCGACGCAUACUUCGACGAGGAGAAAAAGAAUCGUAGACUUGGAUCUGCCGAAGCGGACCUUCUUGAGGAAGUCAUUAUGGGAAUGAAGGACUAUUUCGAACUGUGUCUUGGGAGGGCUCUUCUGUAUCGGUUUGAGCGCCAGCAAUAUUAUGAAAUCAAAAAGGGGAUUGAGAAGAAUGAAGGGGAGUAUCGUGGCAAGGGAACCAUAGCGCACCUCCCAGAACUCAUCUCCCAGACGAACAUGGACGCUCAGUCAGUGAGGAAAUUAAAGGAGGAAGUUCAGGCUCUGGCGAAUUGGUUGAACAAGAAUUCAGCGCGCUUCUUCACCCAGCCGUACGAGGUCGCUAGCGCAGAGUAUAUCGAAGCUUCUCGUGGUCUCUAA